AUGUUUGGAUGUAUGCGAUGGAGUAGAGUGAAAACUGGAGUGAUAACAGGUUUUAGGAGGGUUUAAGGCUUUAAGGCGGCGACUCCCUACUCUGUGUCGAAAUCUAAUCUUUAUUGUACCAAUUGCUUUUUUGCGUCUCGAUUUAUCCGUUUUCUUUGAGCUCCCAAUCUUUCCGGUUCCUGCCCAUUACAUAAUUAUUUUUUAUUGAAUUAAUUUGAUGUCCAUUGGCAAAACCCAUUUAUUCUCUGCAACCCUCGGCAGGCAAUUCGAUCAGUACAUUCCAGUUGAUAAACCCACAAAUCUUCAACCAAGCUCACGAUCAAACUCCACAGUUAUGUGGAGAAACAUGGCCAGACAAGCUUCUUCAAGAGCGACGAGGUACUCUUUCGAUUCACGCUGUUCUUCGCGUACUUGUAACUUUCUGGGAUUUUCCAAGGAUUCGAUUUUUUCCGAUAAUGUUAAGGUUAGGCAUUUCGAACUCAAUUGCUGCUCAAAUCAUGGUUUUUCCGAGAUGGGGUUUCGGCGAAUGGGCGAAUUCUCCUACCGCGAUGAAUCUGCGGGAAAUCUCAGUUUUUGCUCUCUCAGGAAUCAGUCGAGUUUUCAUGGUUUAACUUGUCCUAAAGGAUACGUUAGUCUUGCGGAGGCAAUAUCCUCGACGGAUGUGGAGGAAAAUGUGUCGGCUGUGGAUGAAAUUCGGGAGUUGUUGGAAGAGAUGAGUAAAGAAGAAAGUUUGGUGAAAACGGUGAGUGAAGAUGGGAGUUUGUUGAGUGAGAGGAGUGAGGAAGGAAAUUUUUUGCAAGAUAAUAGCAGUGGCACAGAAGAGAAACUGAAUGUUGAAUUAGCACGAGGUAGGCGGCCGAGUACGCCCAAGGGAAUGCGGCAUAGACGGUAUCAGACACUUAAGAGAAGACAGGUGAAGAUUGAGACGGAGGCAUGGGAAAAGGCAGCAAAGGAGUAUAGGGAACUUAUUAUGGAUAUGUGUGAGCAAAAGCUGGCACCAAAUUUGCCGUACAUGAAAUCGUUGUUCCUUGGAUGGUUCGAACCUCUGUGCAAUGCCAUCAUUGCAGAGCAGGAAUUGUGCCGGCAAGGGAAGCAUAGGGCGGCAUAUGCACCAUAUUUUGAUCAGUUACCUGCAGAGAUGAUGUCAGUUAUCACUAUGCAUAAACUGGUGGGAUUGAUGAUGACUGGAGGUGAACAUGGCACAGCCAGGGUGGUACAAGCUGCUUGCUUGAUUGGUGAUGCCAUUGAGCAGGAGGUUAGGAUACACAAGUUUUUGGAGAGAACAAAAAAGAGAAAGGCAGAUAAGGAUAAGAGACCUGAAGAAGGUGAAUCUGAAACUGUAACCCAAGAACAAGAUAAACUAAGAAAGAAAGUUACUAACUUGAUGAAGAAACAAAAGCUGAAAGUAGUGAGGCAGAUAGUGAAAGGACAUGAUGAUUCAAGACCCUGGGGCCAGGAUGCAAAGGCUAAGGUUGGUAGCCGUCUGAUUGAAUUGUUGAUGCAAACAGCGCACAUACAACUUCCUGCUAAUCAGUUAGCUGAUGGUCCGCCUGAAAUUCGACCUGCGUUUGUGCACUCGUUGAGAAUUGUUCCGAAAGAGGCAAGGCAACCUGGGAGAAGAUACGGAAUAAUUGAGUGUGAUCCACUAGUUCUCAAAGGCCUAGAAAGAACUGCAAGGCACACGGUGAUUCCUUAUAUGCCAAUGUUGGUGCCUCCAGUCAACUGGACAGGUUAUGACAAAGGAGGGCAUUUUUUCUUACCAUCUUAUGUCAUGCGCACACAUGGAGCACGACAACAGCGCGAAGCAGUUAAGAGGACCCCUAAUAAGCAGCUAGAACCCGUUUUUGAGGCCCUGAAUACACUCGGGAAUACCAAAUGGAGGGUAAAUAAAAAGGUACUUAAUAUCAUAGACAGAAUAUGGUCUAGUGGAGGGCAUCUUGCUGAUUUGGUGGAUCGCAGAGAUAUUCCCUUACCUGAGAAACCAGAUACUGAAGAUGAAGCACAGCUUAAGAAAUGGAGGUGGAAGGUUAGAUCUGUCAAAAAAGAGAACAGGGAGAGACAUUCACAGCGGUGCGAUGUAGAACUUAAACUUGCUGUGGCACGGAAAAUGAAGGAUGAAAAUGGUUUCUUUUACCCACACAACCUUGACUUUCGUGGUCGUGCUUACCCCAUGCACCCAUACUUAAACCAUCUUGGUUCGGAUCUGUGCCGGGGUGUUCUAGAGUUUGCAGAGGGACGCCCUCUUGGAAAGUCAGGCUUACGCUGGCUGAAGAUACACUUGGCAAAUCUAUAUGCUGGCGGUGUGGAUAAACUAUCACAUGAUGGUCGAAUAGCAUUUACUGAGAAUCACUUAGAUGAUAUAUUUGAUUCUGCAGACAGGCCACUUGAGGGAAGACGCUGGUGGUUAAAUGCAGAAGAUCCAUUUCAGUGCUUGGCUGUGUGCAUUAAUCUCUCUGAAGCACUCAGAAACUCCUCUCCAGAGACAGCCAUUUCACAUAUUCCUGUACAUCAGGAUGGUUCUUGCAAUGGUCUGCAACACUACGCUGCCCUGGGAAGAGACAAGUUGGGGGCAGCUGCAGUCAAUCUUGUUGCGGGAGAGAAGCCUGCAGAUGUCUACUCAGGAAUAGCUGCUAGAGUUCUUGAUAUCAUGCGGAGAGAUGCACAGAAAGAUCCUGGAAACUAUCCAGAUGCAUUGCUUGCAAGGAUUUUAGUAAAUCAGGUGGACAGGAAAUUGGUAAAGCAGACAGUGAUGACAUCAGUGUAUGGUGUCACUUACAUUGGUGCUCGAGAUCAGAUUAAGAGAAGGUUAAAGGAACGCUGUGCUAUUGCUGAUGAUACUGAGCUCUUUCGUGCUUCUUGUUAUGCUGCUAAGGUCACUCUAACUGCAUUGGGGGAGAUGUUUGAAGCUGCCCGCAGUAUCAUGGGCUGGCUUGGUGACUGUGCAAAGAUAAUUGCAUGUGAAAAUCAGCCAGUUCGAUGGACAACCCCACUUGGACUCCCUGUUGUGCAACCUUACCGCAAGAUAGGAAGGCAUCUUAUUAGGACUUCCCUUCAAGUUUUGACACUGCAGCGGGAAACUGAAAAGAUAAUGGUCAAACGGCAAAGGACUGCUUUUCCACCAAAUUUUGUUCACUCCCUGGAUGGUUCACAUAUGAUGAUGACUGCAUUUGCUUGUAGGAAAGCAGGCUUGAACUUCGCAGGAGUUCAUGAUUCAUAUUGGACGCAUGCAUGUGAUGUGGAUAAAAUGAGCAUGAUACUUAGACAGAAGUUCGUUGAACUUUACGAGACGCCAAUACUAGAAAAUUUGUUGGAGAGCUUUCAGCAGUCAUUCCCGACAUUGUCAUUUCCCCCAUUGCCUGAGCGGGGAGAUUUUGAUUUACAUGAAGUUGUGGAAUCACCCUACUUCUUCAACUGAUCCAAGCUGUAGAGUGCUUCUGUCCCAUUGCAAAAUUACAGCGAUGCAGGGGUUCUGCUUGUUUUACUUCCUCUAGCAAUUCUCUGCUCCCUACUUGUGGCAUCAGAUGGUGCUUUCCCAGAAUUCCAGGUGGAGACUUGCAGCAAUAUUCCUGUACAUUCCUGUACAUGUUCUGUACCCAUACAGUAAGAUCUCUCUCCAGGGUAUGACCUGCAGCAGUAUUCCUGUGUACAUAUACUGGCCUCUUAAGCAUUGGGAAGACCACUCCAUGUUGCAAUCUCUCUUUGCUUAGUUUGAUCAUCACAUUUGAGCUGCGUGCUCACUUGCAUAGUCAAAGAGUUGCGGUGCCAUAGCUUGUAUGUAUGCCUUCAUGCAAUCUUCCUGAAGUUCUUCUAGAGUUGGAUCUACUGAUCAAGCAAUUUUUUGAAGAGAGAAAUCAAGAAAUCAAGCAUGCAGUUCUAAGCCUAGCUUGUCAACUAUCUCUUUCAAGAUUUAUGUGAAGGAUUCAAAGCUUUUGCUUCUAAUUCAUGCAAUCGCUAAAUGCGCCAAAAUUUUUGCGUGGAAAAUGCUGAAUUGCAGAACCAACUGCAGGUCACUAAACUAACCAGAAAUGCACCAUGUAUUAACUGCCAGAGCGAGUGUUCCUGCCUUGUGGAACAUGGUCUUCCUAGGCGGCACACUUGAUUUUUUCUCCCAAAUAUUUUUUUUUCCCCAUGUGAUGUAGAAUUGGUUACAGGAAUAAGCAUAAUAGUUCUGAAAACAAUUUUGUUGCCCUUCUGGUGUUUUUUUUUUUUUUUUGGCACAUUUGUUGAUUCUAUAUUAUAGAAACUUGAGCCUGUGUCCAGAAGGCCAGUAGUGUAAGUAUUUGUAACUACGAAGAGAACGAAGAAAACGGAAUUGAAUUGAAUUUUUUUUUAAUUCAAA